CCACGGAUCGCCGCGCCGCGCGCAAUGGACUGCACUGCCCCGCUGCUGCCUCUGCUGCUGUCUCUGCUGCUGCUUGCUGCUUCCGCAAAGGGCGGGCCUAGGCGCGCACCCCACAACUUCGACGGCGCAGCGCGCUGCUUGCUCGCCUGCCAGGAGCACUGGAAAGUCUGCGCUAAACGCUGCUUGCCGCCACGGCCGCCGACCAACCUGACGAUCCUCGAAGGUGCGUCCCGCUCAGGAGCGCUGUCGCCGCGUCUUCUGCGGCGCGUGUGCCGUGGAGAGGACCUGCUGCGCGUCGCCUGGGAUCCUCCCCCACCACAGGUGCCAGCCCCGGACCUCUACCUGGCGCAGGCCACCGACGACCGCAGCCGCCGGGCCACGGUCAACUGGACGCGACACGGGGACGUAAUACUGGACAUGCUGAGUCCGGGCCGCGACUACGUCAUCACGCUGCGGCCGCUCUGGCUGGAGCCCGCUGUCGCCCGACUCGCCAGCGACGACGCAGACAUAGACGGCGCUUCCGACGCUACGGUGGCCGUCUUCAGAGACGCAACGCUACCCGCGAAGCACAACGUGUCGGGCGUGGUGGACGUGCGCACCCGUGUGAUAGCGCGACCGGACGGCACCGUCGGUGCCUUCGUCUCCUGGCUGCCUGGUGAAGACGCGACGUGUUUCAGCGACAUCUGGCGAGCGCCGCCGGAGGACGUCAGAGUACACCGGGCUCACGAGCCGCUGUACCUCCAAGAGGACCAGAGAGGAGGCGGCGCCUGGCUGUCGUACAGGCUGGACGGCCUGUCUUUCGACACUACGUACGAGCUGCGGGUGAUUCCUCGCGACCGCAACGAGACACGCGAGGGACCCGACCGCCUUGCGGAACUUACCGUCCCGCCCUGUGCGGACAUCUUUCCAGGCAACACUGAAAUUUGUGGCGACAGCGGCACGACCACUCCAGAAGUGACUCCUUUCAUGGCUGGCGGCUACCCAGCCCUCAAUGCACCAUUUCCUGACGACAGUCCUGAGCUGCCGCCAUCUCUUUCUGCGAGAAGAGCUACUGCAGAAUCGCUGCACACGACACAGCUUAUCAGACGGGCGGCGCCGGCGGUGGGCGGCGCGGGAGGCGCGCUGGCAGAGCGCGGGAUGCCGUCGCCCUCGCCGUACGCACUGGCGGCCGCUGCCCUCGCAGCGCUUGCCAUGGGCGGUGCGGGGGCGGCGUUCACAGCGCGCUGCCUCUCCCGCAGGGUUCGCCGGAGGCGCGCCAAGCUCUGCUUCCAGGAACUGGCGGAGAAGGAGCCGAGCCCAGGGUCGGCCGCUUCUGCUUCGGCGCCUGCGCCGGCGGAGUGGGAGUCGCCGCUGGACGCAGAGGAAGCCGGCGACGGGUGGGAGGUGUCUGCGGGCCGGCUGCUGCUGGCCGACCAGCUGCUGGGAGAGGGCGCCUUCGGGCUGGUGCGCCGCGGCCUGCUGCGACAGCCCGGCCGGCCGCCGCUGCCCGUCGCCGUCAAGAUGCUCAGGGAUGACCCGUCGCCAGAGGACGUCCGCCAGUUCGAGCGCGAGAUCGAACUGAUGAAGUGCGUAGGCCGGCACCCGCACAUCGUGUCCAUGGUGGGCUGCGUCACCAGCCCCACGCGCCUCAUCGUCGAGUACUGCGAACUCGGAGACUUGCUGCACUUCCUGCGCAGGGCCUGGGUAGCAGUGUCACAGAGAGAAUCCUGCUGUGACAAUAAAAUAAAAUACGCACAGCUUCUUGCAACUCCAGGUACUCCAGAUGGAUACUAUAAUCAGAAUGCAUGUAUUGCCCAUAACCACAUGUAUGACAUGCAGAAUGAACUAAGCUCAAAUGAAGCACAAGAAGAAGACACUGAAGUUGCUCUGAAGCCCUCAGACCUACUGUCCUUUGCACGGCAGAUUGCAAUGGGUAUGGAGUGAUACAAGAACAAGUAUGAUGGUUCCAUGCUGCUCUAUUAUAAGGCAUAAACAAAAGGAAAAACUGCCUCAUAAAUGAACUGAUGAAAAGAACAAAAAAUUUUACUAAUAUGGGAAAGAAAUGAAAAUAAAGUCUUGAAUGUAACAAAGCAACUAUUAAGGAGAAAUUGAUAAUUUUAAGUAAACUAUUAUAGGAGUGUGACAUAAAAUGCUGAAUUAAACAAAAAAACUAUUUGGUAAUGACUGCCAAAUAAUGUGAUAACAUGAGUCAUGCUGUUUAGAAUGUCUGCAAUUUGUACAUGAUCCUUGCUCAUCAAGUGAUAUUUCCACAAUGAAGUUGAAGACGUACUCUCAGAUCAAUAUUCCUGGGCAGAGAGAUCCCUUGGAGUUACACUUUAAGUAUUAUUUCUUUGCUGCAAGCAUUGAGAACACAGCAUGUACAGGAUGAAAUCUUAUCUGCUGUUCCCUAUCUGUAGAUGAUAAUUUUUAUUUUGUGCUUCAGCUACCCAAACAUCAAUUAUCAGCUGCAACUUGUUUAAAUUUCGAUUUUUAAAAGUGUCUGACAAAAAGGCAGCAUUCUUAAUUUUAAAAAUUCAGGAAAGUUCUUAGGCCAUGUUGUUGUGGCGUAAAAUUCACAGACUGGUUUGCUACAGCUCUGCAUGCUAGUCCAUCCUGUUCAAUUCCAGAGUAUUGUGGGAGGCAGUACAGCUGUAUUAAUUUAUGACACGGCGAUAGACCUUUUGUUCUUGUAAUGUUUUGUAACAGUGGCAAAGCAUAUUUUUGCCGUGUGAGUUUACUGAUUUAUUUCAAUGUUUGGGGGACCCUUAUUUCAUAUGUCAUUUUUAUUUAUCUUCUUUAUUUCUGAAAAUGUAUGUUUUCAUAUUGUCAAGUUGUCAGGGUGAAACAUGGAUAAUCAUAUGUGACUAUUUAUGUUUCCACCUAUCAGUUAUUAGCAGAGAAUUUUGAUCUUACCAACAUAUAAAACUGUUAAAACCCAUUAUAAUUUAUUGUUUCUAAAAAUAAUUGAUUAUUUGAAUUCAACAAAACUGCAAUUUGUAUAUACACUCAGAUAUUUACAUUACUGUAAGAAUGCGAUGGCUCCUUGAUGUUUGUUUCAGUGCAGAUGCAGUAUCAUCAUCUGAACUCCUAAGGGAGUCAAUAAUUUGUGUGUAGGGGGUUAAUAGAUAAGGGACAGUGCAUCACAGUGUAUGAUAAAUUGUGAAUUGGCUCAGAUGGAAAGUGGCCAAGGCAGUUGAAGUAGUCAUUAUAGAGAAGUGGAGCAUCCAGGUUGAGUCCCAGUCUGGUACAAAUUUUCAGCUUUCGCCAGUGCAUUACCACAGUGCCCUCUGUGGCUGGAAGUAAUGUGUUCUCUGCCCAUCCUUUCCCUUUACUUCUCCAUCCUCUAUUCCACAUUAUUUUUAAAAAAACUUGCAGUUAUUAUUCAGUGUAAACUAUUCAACAUAUAUGUCAUCUGUGAACAAAUAUCAAUAUGAAUGAUACUUGUAUGAAGUCAUAUUGUAACUGUGUUGUUGAAUGGACAUGACAAAAUAAGACUGUAACUUUACCCAUGUGAAAUUUAUUCGGAUGUAUGAAGAAAUAUGAAAAAUAGUUUUGUGAUUAUUCACGAGUGGGAGAAUAUAUACUAUGAUGAUUUCA